AAAAAAAUAGUCGUAAAUGUGAAGGUGAAUGUAAAGGGUCAGUAAUGGAUGCCCCGCCUAAAGUUAGACUCCACCCCCCUAAUCGGUACUGAAGUACAAAAAUUAAAAUCAAAACAAAACAGUGUCCGCAGGUGAAUAGAACAGCAGACAUGAAACUAAACUGUCUUCCUUCACAGUGAAGGAUCUGACCCGCAUAUCAGACGCACUGAACUAGCGGCGACUCACGCUCUUUCAACUCCUGGCCGUAAUGUUCCAGACGAGGCCUCCCAGAGACAAGGAGAGAAGGCGAGACAGGUAUCGGGAAUCGGAAGGACACCAGAGGCAAUUAUCUCCACGAGAUGCUGUACACCGACAGCCAGCCUCGCCAGCAGUAUACCGGGAUGAUAGAGACCGACAUCACUAUAUCUCCUCGGGAUACCAGAGCAGCAAGCCUUACCGCCGCCCCUCUCCGGGAAGGCGACACUCUUCUCCCGGAAGGAACCUACUCGACUACCGAGGCGGCGGGCCUGCGGGCAGGGAUUUUACUUCCUCACCAACUCAUUCGUGCAUUCCUGUUGAUCACAACCUAAUAAUCACUGUAGGAAAUAAUAGCAGCCAUAGUGGCUCUCCAGAGCACAGAAGAGUGGAUCCCCAUGAGCUAACACAUGGCAGUAAUGUAUAUUCCAGAGAUGGGCUUGAAGAAGACUAUGGGAGAAGAUAUUCAUCACAUGAUCGCUCAGGUAUAGAUUACAGAAGAGGAAGUCCACAUUAUUCCCUGAGACUGAAUGAAGAAUCACGAGGAAGAAGCCGUGAGAGGGAAAAAUAUAAAAAUGAUCGUUACUCAUCAAAAGAACCAAGGCAAGAUCCAUAUGAUAUGGACCAUGAUGAUAGAAGCUAUAGUUCUGAGAGGUCCCGACAUUCAGAGCGUACAGCAGAGAGAAGCCAGCGAAGCCGGAGCAGAGGCCGCUGCAGAGGACGCAGUCGGAGCAGAAGUCGCAGUCCAUAUGGCAAGAAUGCUAGUGAUGGUUUCCGUGAGCUGGAGAUGGCUCGUAAGAGGAAAGAGCAGGAGGAGAUGGAGAAGCUAGAAAAGGAAAUUGCUCAGAGGGAUAGUGGUGGUCCAACAGGUUAUGAAGCCCAAGGGAGAUCGGUGGAGAUUUCAGAUUUUGGCCAGGCUAGACUUGAUGGAACACUGCAUAUGCCAAAGAAAUCAAUUCUGAAAAAGCGUGUUGAGACAGAAGGGGAUUUUUCUUUCACUGAUGAGAACAAUGACUUUACAAGUGGAACUACAAAAGCUCAGACUAGCAACGCAGCCAUGGAGACUGACCGGUUUCUCCAUGUCCUCAACAAGGGAAUAGAUGCUAGUCUUUUUUCUGCUUUGAUUAAAGAAGCAAGACGACAGUCCUAUUCACAGAACUUUCCAAGACAGCCACCUGAAACCAGUGAAGACCAUUGUGAAAAUUUGUCAAAGGAUGAAGAUCCCCAAAAGACUGUAGACAAUAUUAAUGAAUUUCUCCUUCCACAUGAGAGAGCCAGUCAGGAUGGCAGUGGCUUUUCUAGAAUUUUAGGAAUGAUGGGGGAUUUCUCUACUCCACAAGAAAAAAGCCAAACCUUUCCAGAUAUUGAGGAUGAGGAAAAAUUCCUCUAUGGAGAUGAGGACGAGGAGCCAACAGAAUCUCCUAUAUUAUCUCACUCACUUCCUGUAGUAAAUAUAAAACCAUCUCAGCCUGAGGUCGGUCUUUUUCAGGAGCUUCAUUCUCAAAUCUCUACCCAGCAGUUAAGUCAAUUGCAGCCUGAAAACGUAGGCACGCUAAAAAACAAACAUUUAGAGAGCCAAACGCUGGGUACAUGGCAUCCAAAUAAAGAGAGUCCACCAAGUAUAAUCCACCUGAAGGAGACUUCUCCUUUAAGAAGUCAUCAGCCACUGAACCAGUCUGUGCUUGGUCACUACCAGGAAAGCACAUCAAAUGUUAGUCACCACCAAGAAAAUAAAAGAAACAGUCAUUCACAAGAGACAAUUAAGUGUAGCCGGACAGUGACUAGUCCUUAUACAUCUGUACUUCCAGAGGAAAGUAAGGAUUUGUCUAUGGUUAAACCUGAGAAUGUUGGAGAUCACAAUCAAGAGACCCAGGAAUAUGAAAAAAUUCAAAAUCUACUGAAAACAAUUGGUUUAGACUUUGGAGUAUCUGAAAUUAGCAAUUUGGCAACACGGAUUCGUGAGCGACUACAUGGGAAGAAACCACAGCCAACAGCUUUGAGAGUCUAUGAAAAAAUGAAAGAGAAAAAGGCUGAAGUUCCUACAAAUUGGGAGAAGCCUCGUAGACCAAGUGAAACAAGAUCUUCUGAAAUAGAAUAUAACAAUUCUGUCUCAGCCUCCAGUGCAAGGCGCAGCUCUCAUAAUGAAAAUAUCUCAUCUUCUGGUUUGGACUAUUCUGCUGAAAAAGGCUGUAAUAUCCCAGUCUUGGGGGAGAGUGCAACGCAGCCACCCCCUAUACCUGUUGCAUCUGUUGCCAUCACUUCUUCUUCUGCCCAACCAGUAUCAUCAGUCUCUGUUACCCCUUCUUUUCCAGUGGAGCCUUAUUCCCAAUAUGUACCUAUGAUGCCUCCUUCAACUUUCCCAAUGCCUAGUUAUGAACACUAUAACAGUUACAUGCCUUAUCCUCCCCAGAGUUGGUCAAUUUAUAGUACUCCUCCCCCUCUUCCUCCACCCCCCCCUCCGAUACAGGGAUCAAUACCAAGUAUCCCUCAACCAUCAACUUUCCCGGUUCUCUCAAAGAAGGAAGAGCAAUCACUAAAAUCUUGUCGCCCAUUCUUGCGAGUCAUUGAAACAGUGCCUAUUGAAAAUAAAGCAGAACUUAAAAAGGAGGAGUCUUCCCUUGUGCAAGUACCAAUAGUGGAGAGCUUUCAGCACAGUUCUUCCAGCAGUAUUGUGGUUCAGCAGCAAAAAGUGGCUGAAGAGAAAAAUAAGGCAACUGAAAAGCAAAAAGUUAUUGAAGAAAGAGAAAAACUGAGAAAAGAAAAAGAAAGUCGUUUGAAAAGGAAGGAAUAUCUAAUGAAGGAACUUGAGAGACUAAGAAAACAGCAAGGAGAGCUUCUUAGGAAGAAACGAAGGGAGAAGGAUGGGCACAAGGACCCUUUGCUUACAGAGGUUAGUCGGCUUCAAGAAGAGGUGAUGCAGCAGAUCUCAGUCAUCCGAAAAGAGCACGAAGAAGCAGAGAAGAAACGUGCUCAGUUGGACAAGGUGGCUCAGAUUUUGGGCCUCCACAUUUCUGAGAAAUCAAAGAAAGUUGUCAAAGAGAGAGAGAACAUUCCAGAAAAAAAUAGAGAAAAAAGUCCAAGUCCAGAAAAAUCAUCAUACACCUGUAGUGGCAUCACCACAGUUACUACUACCACUAUCACUGCAAAUUCGGCUGGCCCUGCUUCGUCUAACAAGGAAUCAAAACUACCUUCAAAACUACCUUCUGCCAAGAUAAAAAGUGCCAAGACAGUGCCACCUCAGUUUACUCCCAAGUCAUUAGAGCAGUAUGAAUAUUAUGAUGCUGGUAAUCACUGGUGCAAAAACUGCAACACACUAUACGGAUCUAUGUUUGAUUUCUUUACGCAUCUGCACAGCAAAGCACACAGAAAGACACAAGAUCCUUAUGAUAGACCUUGGGCUGCUAAAACCUCCAACACUGAUGGUAAACUUCAAACAGGAAAAAACAUGGAGAAAAUUGUUGUUCCAGCAAAAGGGUCGGAGUUUUUGACAUCUGUAAUAGGAUUUUAUUGCCUGUUGUGUGAAAAAUUUUAUGGUGACCAGAUUGCUGCAGAAGAACAUGUUUCAUGUCAUGACCAUAAUGAAAAAUACAAGAAAUACAUAGAAGAAAAUCCUUUAUAUGAACAGAGAAGAAAUCUGGACAGGCAAGCAGGACUUGCUGCAGUUAUGGACAAUAAAGAACGUCGACAAACUGAGAUGAAAAGAAAAAUGGUAGAAGAAUCUGGGAGCGUAAAAGGUGAGGAUGUAAAAGCCAAGAUAGUGAUUAAGGAGGAUACAGAGGAACCCGACAGCCCCAUGGAGUCAGAAGAUAAGGCAGUUUUACAAAAAUUGGACAGUACUUUCAAACCCUUGGUUCAGAUGAAACUGAAAAAGAAACCAGAGGAAACUGUGAAGCCAGUAACAGGUGUAAAAAUGUUUGGAAAGUUUAAUUGGAAGAAAGAACAAAAAGAAGAGGAGAAGAAAGAAACACCUGUUGAAGAUAUUGGUGAUGAAAGUAAAGAAAAAGAGGAUGGGAAGGCCCAGCUUGGUAAAGCAAAGCCCAUUGCAAUAAGGUUGUCUGGGAAGACUAUAAUCCCACAGACUACUGCCUGGACACGCAAUAAUUCUACACCUGCACUGUCUUCACAAGCUAAAAUAAGGCCUAAUUUGCCCCUACCAGCUAUGGUACUUAGAAAAUCUUCAACAGCUGCAGUCGGCAAACCAGCCCCAUUAAAUGCCUUUCUCUCUAUUAAAUCUUCUGGUAACAGUGCAAGCAAACCUUUGCCUGUUAUCAAGAGUGAGUCUAAAAAGGACAUCGUACUGACCCCUGAUCUCAUUUCUAAAGCUUUCGGUGGUGAAGAGGUAGUAUUGAAAGUUCCUCCAGGUACUGAAGAUCAAACCCAAACACCAACAGAGACCAAACUGCCCCAGCCCCCACCUCCACCCCCUGUGCUGCAAGUCAUGAGUUUUGAAUCUGAUGUUGCAGCCCCUGGUGUGCCAGAGAGCGAACAAACAAGAACAAUGCUUGUUCGCCCCCCUCCUCUUUGUGGGGCAUCUACGAUGAAAACUGAAAAACCAAAGUCAAGCUUGGCCACGGCUAAUGCUAAAGACCUAUAUGACAUUUUUUAUAGCAGUGGUGCAAAGAGCUCCUGUGAUCUUAUAUUUGUUAGUACAGAUCAGGAUACAAUAAAAGAAGAUAAACCUGAAAUAAAAGAAACAAAGACAGAUGUACCUAGUAGAAAUGAGAAAAAUGCUGAUCUAGAUCAGGUGUCAAAAUCCGUAGGUUCUGAAAGUGAUGCAAACACAGAGGAUAAUUUGACAUUGAUAAAAACCGGUAGUGUAAGUGUGAAGGAGUCGGAAAACCAAAUGGAGCCUAAAGAGAUCGUGAAUGUUGGUGAAUCUUGCUGCGCUGACCCAGUGCCCUUUGUUUCAGACGUUAAUGCAGUUGAGAGUGAAAGCAGUCUCCCACCUUUGGAGGAUGAAAAUUUGCUUUGUAAGCCACUCAUAACUUCAGCUGACAAUCCUGCAGAUGAGAAUAAUGCAAGUGAUUUUGGUAAUUCAGAAAUUAGCAUUUCACCUGUACCUGAAAUCAAAGUGGACGAUAUUCCAUUCCAGAGUGAAGUGGAAGAAAGCACACUUGUUCUCAGACAUGAUGUGUCAUUGAAUAGUGACAUUCACAUGGAUGAACCUGACUCCCUUGACUCUGCUCUUCAGAGUAAUGUAUUCUGUGAUCAGGAAACAUCUGAUCAUUUUGAAAAUGAUUUUAUGCCUUCUGAUGGUAAGGCGUACACUUUCAACUUGGAAGACAAUGAUCAGGAUCAGUCCGCGUGCUUCAAAGAGAUAUCCACUGUUCAUCAGUCUGUUGACUUGGAGGUUUCUAGUGAUGAACCUGAAACCAUCAGGUUGGAAAUGGCAGAGAAAGAAGUUAGCCUUGUAGAACAAAGUAGCUUUGAGGUCUUAUCUUUAAAUUUGUCUUCUGCUGAUUUAAACCUUGAUACUUACGAUAUAGGCUUUGAAACCACCGAUUUAAGUGUUUCUGAAGCAACAAACGAGUCUGUACCAAUGGAGACUGAAAAAAGUAAUGAUGAAACUUGCGGUAUACCUUUGGAUACAGCAGAAUUAAAUAUUUCUGAAAUUGUGAGUGAGUUUGUACCGGUAGAAACGGAAAAUACAAGGGGUAAAACGUGCAAUGAAGAUUUUGAAACGGCAGAUUUAAAUGAAAUAGCAAAUGAACUUGUACCGAUCGAAUCCGAGGAACCAUCUAAAACGUGCGAUACAGGCUUUGAUAAUGCAGAUUUAAAUGUUCCCAGCUCUGAAAAUGAGCCUCCUACAAAAGAGGCUGAUUUAAAAAAUGAUGAAAUUUGUGGCAACAUUUUUAAAACUGAAAAUGUGAAUGAUUCUGAAAUGGAAAAGCAACCUCUGCUAGAAGAGGUUUUAAAAGCAAAUGACAGCACAGGGGGUCCUGCAGACUGAGCAGGGUGAUGAAUUAUAUUGAUCCUGAGUAUAGAAAAUAAAAAUAUUGAAAAAGAUAAUCCUGAAGCAUAAUUAUACUUACAAAUUUGUGAAUUCCUUAAUUGUAUUUUACUUUUGACAAACACAUGGCCAAAAUUAGUUAAGAUUAGUUACAGAAACUAUUUACGAGUAAUACUUUCAUCAGUGAACAGUCAGGCCACUGACACUGAAGCCGACAUGGGGCAAAAUGUUCAAAGUUUUGAAAGGUAAUCUCAAAAAAAGAUUCAAACUUAAGUACAAACCUUGUGAUGGAUAUGACUUUUUCCUUGUAAUAUUCUGUAUAUUAAGUAUGUGCUUGAGUUUCUGAUUGCUGCUAUAGAAAUAAAAAAUCUUUAAGGUGAAAGCAUUUAGGAUUUUCUUCCCCAGCACAUUUGUUAAAAUAUAUUUAUAUUCCCUUUUUUUUUCUUUUUUUUUUUUUAAUUCACUUCACUAUUGGAAAACCAUUCCUCUUGUCUUUGUUAAUUUGUUAAAUUGUUAUCGACUUUGUGUUAAAGAAUUUUGCAUAAAUUUUCUUGUAGAAUGUGACCAAGUGUACAUAAAAUUGUACCUUCAAUUGCAGCAGCUACAGUUUUCUUGUUUCCUCAUUAAUAAAUGUGGAAAUAUUCAAGCAAAGUUUUCAGCCUGCCCGGAAGAAACCAUCGUUAAGAUGCAGAACGAUAGAAUGAUCCAGAAAAGGAAGGAUUUAGAAAUUAUUUUGUAUGUUUCUUGAUGUAAAUAUAUAACAAUCUUGUGAAGAAAGGAAACAAAGCAGAAAAGAAGACUUUUGAGGAAGAUUUGGAUUUUCUCAUAUCUUGGCAUCUUUCACUUCUAAGUUCUCAUCUUUUUUUUGUUCUUGUUCUAAAUAAAAUUUCAUUCAUUCUGUAUGUUUGCCAGUUUGGUUUUGAAAUACAUGUUUAGUGUUCAUAAUAAAGUGUAUAUAGACACCUAA